AUGCGGUCAGCCCUGAACCCCCCCGCCCUCUUUGUGAGGGCCAUGUACGAUUAUGACGCCGACGAUCACACAAGCCUGAGCUUCCGCCGGGGCGACAUUAUCCAGGUCCUCAAUCAGCUGGAAACAGGAUGGUGGGAUGGUGUCAUGGACAAUGUCCGAGGCUGGUUUCCAAGUAACUAUUGUACCAUAAUCACAGAAGCCGACGAUUUCAGCGACCACUUCGCGCACCAUGAUACCGAUCUCAGCGCGGACUCUGGACUCGAAGAUGAAUACGGCGAUGGACACGAUGAGGAGGACGUCGACUCCGAAGGGAACCAUCGGGACUCGCAACCGAUCCUUCCAAUCGUGGGCAUUCCUGCGCCGAAAGAGCAGGAAGAGGCCGCGUUCUGGAUUCCUCAGGCGACCCCUGAUGGUCGUCUGUUCUACUUCAACACCCUCACGGGCUAUUCCACUAUGGAAUUACCCUUCGAGAACCCGACGACAACGAACGAGCCCGGCCCGCGAGAUCGAAACAACUUCUUUGUGCCCGACCAGACGCGGCCACCCCCGGAGCUGAUGGCGCGUGGCUUUGAGCGUGAUGAAGAUGAAUAUGAUGGAUCUGCCUCGGAGGCGGAGGGUGAGUCCUUGAUGCUUCGAUCUCACGACUCGCUCUCUCGCCGACGCCAGUCCUUGAUGGAUGGCGUGUCCCCUGCCACCUCCAUGGACUCCUUGUAUGCGCCAGGUGUCAAAGACUUCAAAGCUCCGCCGCCGCCAAGCAAGAGCCCGCAAACAACCUACAGCUUGGGCGGACACAGUAACAGCACAUCGGUAACCGAAAGCUUCUCGAGACCGUCCAUCUCCUCCAACUUUCCUCUACACUUCGUUGAUGAUGGCUUAGCUCCGCCAGUCACAUGGCAUACCCUGGUCGAUAAUAUGCAAUAUGCCGUGGAGGCCUAUCGCCAGGCGCUGUUCCAUGGUGAGCGCGCGGAGUUCGUGAGAAAGGCCGAAGACAUUUCCGACCAUCUUCGCAUGCUGCUGGCUGCUGGAUCUGACACGACGGACAACCACUCCGGUAAUCCAUCGAUCAUUUCCACAAACAAAGCCUUGUAUCCUCACUUCCGGGACAUGAUGUCCAAGUUCUCGAAGCUGGUUCUCUCAUCACAUAUUGCCGCCGCUGAUUGGCCUGGUGCCGACUCGGUCAAUAAAUGUUUGCAGGAGGCCGAGGGUGUUAUGCAGGGCGUGUAUGGCUACGUGGAUGUGGCUCAGCAACAACGCGGAGAUGCGAUCAAUCGCUUGGUGCCUGGUUUCGUCAGCGGUAGCUCUGCCGGUGGUAAUUGGCAGAACAACGGUGUCUCUUUGGACGCCUCGGGUCCGACAUCUUUCCUCGUUCCGGAUGGAGGGGACUCGCGGGCAGAGCCCUCGGCCCCUCUUGACGCCGCCUUCCUGGAUGCAAUCGAUAUUCUCAGGAGGUCGUUCGUUGGUAGUAUCCGUCGGCUAGAAGAACGGUUGGUGAUCAACCGGAAGAUAGUCACGCAGGAGCAGCAUCGGGACAUUGCUGAUGCAAUUUCAGCCGCUGCUAUCAAGGUCAUUGAACAAUUCCGUCCAUGGAUCUCUACUGUCGAAUCAAUGAACCUGGCUCCGUUGGGGACCAGCUUCCAAAACCCCCAGUUAGUAGACUUUAGCUUGCAAAAGCAAAGGGUCUAUGAUGCCAUCGGAGAUCUUGUCCUGAACUGUCAGGCGGUCUCUGCUCCUCUGGCUGAUGAAUGGGCCGAGCUUCGCGGUGAUUCACUCGAUGAUCGUGUAAAUGCCGUGCGAGGUGUCGCCAGGCAGUUGGAGAACUGUGUUUCCCAGAUUGGAUUCUCAUUGUCGCUGCUUCUCGAGCAAAUUCCCGCUGAACCAACGCCACCUUCAUCUCUUCGACGUGGAAGCCGCCAAGGAGCGGAAAGCGAUCAUAAGAAUUCGCAUAGCCGAGAUCAUUCCCAUGCAAGCAUUGCCCUGGAGUCAAUUGGAAUCCCGUCAUCUUAUGCUCCUGAAAAGGAUGAAGGCACUACCAAAGUACGAAGAAAUAUGGACAAGGCGCAGCGAUUCUUCGGCCAGGCACCCCCGACAGCGAUCACUCGAGAGCCGAUUCGGGAGCCAGUUCGGGAGCCCGAGGAGACGCCCUGGUUCUUGAACAUGGAUCAUGAAGGCGAGGUCUUCUACGAUAACAAGGGAGACUCGCCAAUCCUUAAGUGUGGUACACUCGCCGGACUGGUUGAACACCUCACUCGCCAUGAUAAGCUUGAUGCUUCCUUCAACAACACUUUCCUUCUCACCUACCGCUCAUUCACUACAGCGACUGAAUUGUUUGAGAUGCUUGUUCAGCGGUUCAACAUUCAGCCUCCAUUUGGCCUGAACCAAGAUGACAUGCAAAUGUGGAUUGAUCGGAAGCAGAAGCCAAUUCGAUUCCGUGUUGUCAAUAUCCUCAAGAGUUGGUUUGAUCACUUCUGGAUGGAGCCGAACGAUGAACUCCACAUGGAUCUUCUGCGACGUGUCCAUACAUUCACUAGCGACUCUAUUGCUACCACAAAAACUCCAGGAACACCCACAUUGCUGGCAGUGAUUGAACAACGACUUCGAGGGCAGGAUACUACCGUCAAGCGCCUUGUUCCAACUCAGAACACACCUGCGCCAACGCCAAUCAUUCCUAAGAACAUGAAGAAACUCAAGUUCCUUGACAUCGAUCCGACGGAGUUUGCUCGCCAAUUGACCAUCAUCGAGUCGCGCCUCUACUCAAAGAUCAAGGCCACUGAGUGUCUGAACAAGACAUGGCAAAAGAAGGUCGGCCCUGAUGAGCCGGAACCAUCCCCCAAUGUCAAGGCCUUGAUUCUGCAUUCUAAUCAGCUUACCAACUGGGUCGCUGAAAUGAUUCUCAACCAAGGUGACGUCAAGAAGCGCGUCGUGGUCAUCAAACACUUCGUGAACGUGGCUGAUAAAUGUCGCAACCUGAACAAUUACUCCACCCUAACCUCCAUCAUCUCGGCUCUUGGAACUGCCCCCAUUCAUCGUCUAGGUAGAACGUGGGGCCAAGUCAGCGGACGCACGUCCGCAAUUCUGGAACAGAUGCGUCGACUCAUGGCUAGUACCAAGAACUUUGGUGAAUACCGAGAGACUCUGCAUCUCGCUAACCCGCCGUGUAUCCCAUUCUUCGGUGUCUAUCUUACGGAUUUGACUUUCAUUGAGGAUGGUAUUCCAUCUCUUACCCCUUCAGAAUUGAUCAACUUCAACAAGCGGGCGAAGACUGCAGAAGUCAUUCGGGAUAUUCAGCAAUACCAGAAUGUACCUUAUCUUCUGCAACCCGUCGGCGAGUUACAAGAUUACAUUCUCAGUAAUCUUCAAGGUGCCGGCGACGUACACGACAUGUACGACCGGAGUCUGGAGAUCGAGCCUAGAGAGCGUGAGGAUGAAAAGAUUGCAAGGUAUGCUGAAGCCGCAAGCAGAGACAAGGGCUCCUUGCUCUUUGCGUCCACCGUCGCUAUUCUGCGAUAG